AUGGAAUCCGUUGCCGUCGUAGCGGUGCCGUUCCCGGCGCAAGGCCACCUGAACCAGCUCCUGCACCUAUCGCUGCUGCUCGCAGCGCGCGGGCUGCGCGUGCUGCGCGUGCACUACGCGGCGCCCGCGGAGCACGUGCGCCAGGCCCGCGCGCGCGUGCACGGCUGUGGCGACGCCGCCGCCUGCGGCGUCGAGUUCCACGAGCUCGCCAUCUCCGAGUACGUCUCCCCGCUUCCAGACCCCGCCGCGGACUCGCCCUUCCCGUCCCACCUCAUGCUCCUGUGGGAGGCCUUCGCCGCCAGCGCGCCCGCCGCGCUCGCGGCGCUCCUCGGCGAGAUCUCCGCCUCCCACCGCCGCGUCGUCGUCCUGUACGACCUCAUGAACGCCUUCGCCGCCGAGGAGGCCGCGCGGCUGCCCAACGGCGAGGGGUACACGCUACACUGCACCGCCGUUUCAUCCAUCCUCGGAAGGAUGGAAGGCGGGAGCGACCUUCUGCGCGAACGCGGCCUCGAGUACCUCCCCAUCGGCCCCUACGUGACGGGGGAGUUUCUCGAGUUCGCGGGCAAGCGGGCGAGAGCCGCGCAAACGAUCUCUUCCAGCGCCGGCAUCGUCAUGAACUCGUGCCACGCGCUCGAGGGUGAGUUCAUCGACUUCGUCGCCGAGAAGCUGGCCGCCGGCGGGAAGAAGGUCUUCUCUAUCGGCCCGUUAAACCCGCUGCUGGACUCAAGCGCGAACGAGCAGGGCGCAACGCGCCACGAGUCCCUCGGAUGGCUCGACAGGCAGCCGCCGGCAUCGGUGCUCUACGUGUCGUUCGGUUCGACGUCCUCCCUCCGCGGCGAGCAAAUCGCGGAGCUUGCAGCGGCACUGCGCGGCAGCAACCAGAGGUUCAUCUGGGUCCUGCGUGAUGCUGACCGCGGCAACAUAUUUGUGGACAACGGCGAGAGCCGGCACGCCAAGUUCCUGUCUGAGUUCACCAAAGAAACGGAGGGAACAGGGCUGGUGAUCACCGGGUGGGCGCCGCAGCUGGAGAUACUGGCGCACGGCGCCACGGCGGCCUUCAUGAGCCACUGCGGCUGGAACUCGACCGUGGAGAGCAUGAGCCACGGGAAGCCCAUCCUGGCGUGGCCCAUGCACUCCGACCAACCGUGGGACGCUGAGCUGGUGUGCAAGUACCUCAAGGCAGGCUUCCUGGUGAGGCCAUGCGAGAAGCACGGCGAGGUGAUACCGGCGGCAACCAUACAGGCGGUGAUCGAGAGGAUGAUGGUUUCUGACGAUGGGCUGCCCGUGCGGCAGCGGGCAACGGCGAUCGGCGAGGCCGUCCGUGCGUCCGCGGCUGAUGGCGGGUCAUCCCGCAAGGACCUCGAAAACUUCAUCACGCACGUCAUAAGGUGA